CUACAAGCAUCUGUUUCCCAUGCAGCAUAGGGACUGUAUUUAUCCAUCCGCUUCAUAGACAGGUAUAAAGUAUAAAAGUAACCCAUGUCCCGUGUAAAUGCUAGCUGAACCUCUGCCUGGUCAUGUUUUAAACCGGAAAUUGUUGACUUGUUAGUGAUUGACUUUGUUAGUGAGCCGAGUCAAGGGAAAACGAGAAUGCAUCUUAUACAAAUGAAAAUACGGGACUUCCUGGAGUUUUACACGUGGGCCGACAGCAUAAGUGAUCCGAGAACUAAGAAUUGGCCAUUGGUGAAUGAUGUGCGAGUGCCAAUAGGAUUGUUGUUUGCCUAUAUACUAGCUGUUUUGACUGGCCCUCAUCUAAUGAAGAACAAAAAGGCUUUCAACCUCCAAUGGAUAAUGGUUAUCUACAAUGGAAUGAUGUCGCUUCUAAAUUUGUACAUAUUUGUAGAGAUCUUACUAGCAACCACAGCAGCUGGCUAUAGUUAUACCUGCCAAGAAAUGGUCUAUUCCAAUGACAUCAAUGAACUGCGAAUUGCAUCAGCAUUGUGGUGGUUCUACUUCUCGAAAAUCAUCGAGUUUUUAGACACAAUGUUUUUUAUCCUGCGUAAAAAGAACAACCAGAUAUCGUUCCUGCAUGUCUAUCAUCACUUUUCCAUGGUAUGCUUGUGGUGGGUCGGCAUCAAAUGGGUGGCAGGGGGGCAAUCAUUCUUUAGUGCCAUGAUCAACGCUUUUAUUCAUAUCAUCAUGUACGCUUAUUAUGGGUUAUCAGCAAUUCCUGAAAUGAGGAUAUACCUGUGGUGGAAGAAGUACCUGACUCAACUCCAACUUACACAGUUUUGCACUGUCAUGGCCCAUGGGGUCCUCAGUCUGUGGGCCAAAUGUCGAUUCUUCCUAUGGAUGCAGUACGCCCUUAUUGGAUACAUGAUCUCGUUUCUUAUUCUCUUCUCCAAUUUUUAUCUCCAUGCCUACCUAACGCGCAAACAGUCAUGCCCUAAUAAAGAUGCAAUGCAAGCCAAUGGGGAAACACCCUUUUGCCCAGAUAAAGGGGCCAAGCAGGCCAAUGGGGUAGAUACACCAAGAGAGGAGAAGAAGAAGAAAUAGAGAAUUCGAAUCGAGAAACUAGAUGUACACAUUAUUAUAGUAAAGGAUGCAUGCUUGUAAAAAACUAGAGUACCAGAGAUUAAAUAUUAGAUGUAAACAAUAAACAUUUAACAUGAUAAGGCAAAGAAGGAGAACUAGAGAUAAGAUACUAGAUAUACACAUUUUCAUAUUCACAGGACAUAAACACAGCUGGCACAUACUGUA